AUGACCCAUGGUAACCACCGAGAGUGGGACAUGAGGAAGCAGAGCAACUUGGUUAAGGAAAAGCACCGAGAUGAUGGGCUUUUUCCUGCGGCCAGCAAGCAGAGGGACUCAGAGAUCAUGCAGCAGAAGCAGAAAAAGGCAAACGAGAAGACGGAGGAACCCAAGUAG